CAAUAAAUGUGAAAUGAAAUAAAAUUAUAUACGCGUCUAAAUAUACACACACACAUAUAUAUUUAAAUGUAUGCAUCUGUAACGAGAGUGAGUGUGCGUAUCGAAAUCUAACACAAUCAUCGGGAAUGCAACCAAUGCUUAUAAAAAAAAAGCAGCAAAAUACAAAUACAAAGCAUACAAAAAAUAAAUAAAUCCUCGUCAUCAAAUUGAUUUUUAAUAUUUAAUUGCGCUUUAUGAAUGAUAACAGCCACAAUCGCAGCACAGCGCAGAAAAAAAAACAAAAGCAAAACAAAACCAAACGAAACAAAGAUAAAUCAAUUUUAAUUAUUUAAAAUCAAAUCAACAAAUCAAAACGCAACGUAUCGAACAUUUUUUUAAAUAUUCACCUUCAAUUUAACUCGCGUUUAUCCUUUGUCAACGUCUGCGUCGUCGUCUGCUCACCGUUUUAAUUUCAACACAAAAAUCCUUCCAAAUGGCUGCGUCUAAAUCAAAAACUAAACAAAUCCCACACACAAAUAAACUGUAAAUCAAUCGUUAUAUAACUGACAUAAAUAUAAUCGAAAAAGAUCAUUGAUAUCUUUUUUUGCGUUUCCAUGUGCGCAUACAACUUAAAGCUGCGGCACAUCGACAAAUACUUUGACACAUUGCAACUGAAAUUGCCAAGUGUAAUAACUUGGCAUCACUUGGACCACCUUGAGACCGAUUCAAUUUCGAAUCGCAUUUUGUUAACGGCGACGGCGACGCAGACAAAAAUGCCAAAAUUGGCAUCGCGCUGCGCGACGCAAUCAACGAACUGCCGCCUCAGACUGUCAGUAUUAGCUGUGGACACGAGAGAGAACAACAACAUUACCAUGGAUAAAUAACAUCAGUAAAUUGUCCUGUUACACCAUAUCGAGAAGUUAUCCAAUGAGAAAGCCGCUUAAAUUUUGGAGGAUCUAUGAUGAACGAUGGAGAAAAAUAACGCUUUGUUUGUGAAACACUUUUUGAACGCAAGCAAGGAUUAUUCCAGACAACAACAAAACAACAAAACAUAAACAAAACCAAAAAUAUAACAAAAAAACGAAAACGAUAAAAAAUUCAAACGCAAAGUUCUCGAUAAAAGAAGCCGAAAAAACACUUUUAGAGAAUUUUCUAAAUAUCAAAGCGAAACGAAACGAAACGAAAGGACAAACAAAAGUAAAAGUAAAAGAAGACCUAAGCAACAAGAACAACAAAAAGCAAAAUCAAAACAAAUUUAAAUAUCAUUAAAUGCAAAGGACAUUCGCAUGUGUGUGGUGGUGGAAAGAAAAUUCAAAACAAAAUUCACAAUUAGAAAACGCAGAAAAAAACGUAGAAAACGUAAACGCAAAAUCAACAACAACAACAACAGCUACAGCAACAAUUGCAACUGCAAUAAACUGUCAACAACAUCGCGAACAAUUUUGAAUUGUAACAUUUCGACAAACAAGUUGAGAGAAAGCAAAAUUUCAACGUUUGGCGCAACUAAACGAAGACAGAAAGAGAGCGAAAGCCGGACCCAAGGAUAAUACACUCUUUAGGGAACUUCGGACCAGCUAAAAAAAAGUUUUGAACCAUAUAAGAAGAAGAAGUAGAGGUAGAAGAAGAAACGCACACACAUACGGAAAACUCGGACAUACAACAAAACUAACCAGAAUUAAAAGCAAAACGAUUCCAGAUUAUAAACAGAUCGUUGAAACCUAACUUCAACUUCAAAUUGCGCAUACGACGAGCUGUUGGAGCGAAUUCAGUCAGACAGUCAAACAGUCAGCCAAAGAGGGGGAACAGGAGAAAGCGUAAAAAUAGACAACCAAUCGAAGCAAAGGCGAAGUAAACGCUCUCUCAACGACAAUCGCUGGCAGGAGAAAUUGCCUGUAUGUGUGUGCCUGACGCUGUGAGAGCGCAACUGAAAGUGCAAGAGAGCAACAAGAGCCAGAGCAACGCGGCAAAGGCAAAGGCAAAAACAAAGGCAAAGGCAAGGGCAAAGACAAAGGAGCGGAGGCAACGUGGAGAGAAGAGCGCGCGCUGCUGCUGCUGUUUGGCAUCAUCUUAUGAUGUCAUCAGAGGAGUACGACGCGGACUGUUUUGGUUUGUACAGCGAUGAGAACGAUGUGCUGCUGAAAGCAACAACAAAUUUAGCAACAACAACAACAUUAGCACUAGCAUCAGAGACUGAGGCUGAUUCUAAGCAGCUACAGCAACCCCCACAGCAGCACCAGCAAGCAAAGAGCGUAGCAAUUGUGCUGCCUCAGCCGCUGCAGGCAAGCAACGGCCGAACGACACCAACAUCCAUACAAAUACAGACAACACUGAGUGGCGACGAGGCGGCGAAUUGCGGCGAAAACGUCAGCGAAGCGGAGAAACCAACAAGCAAAGGGAAGAGCAGUAGCGGCGACCACGACGAUAACGGCAACAACGACGACGACGACGUCGACGACGAGAACGAGAACACGAACGCGCACGAAAACGACGAGGGCGAUUCUGACUCGGACGACGUCGUCGUAAUCGAAGGCAACAACAAGGCGACGGUGACGGUGACGGCGACCGCGACAGCAACGGCGGCAGCAGCAGCAGCGACGGCAGCAGCGCCAGCCAACAGUAACUGUCGCAGUCGCAGCCGCAGUCGCAGUCGUAGUCGAAGUAAUCGCCGUAACGCACACAAACGUCAAAUCAGUCAGUCUUCGGCCGUCGGCAAGACAACAACGUGCGCGGCUAAAAAACCAACGACUUUAGCGACAACAUUAACGUCUACGGCAGCAACAGCAAUAAAAGUAAACAGCAACACCAAUAACUCGAACUUAGUGAGAAAUCGUCGCACGCGCACGCGAUCCUUAAGUAAAGACACUAACAAUAUCAAUCAUAGCCACAAUAACAGUCACGGUCACAGUGCUCACAGUUUAAACGUUGGCAGCAACAGUGUUGUUGGUAAUAGUGUUAACAAUAACGGCUGCAGCAACGGCGGCGCAACGGCAACCGCUGCCUUCAUGAGUAGCGCUGCUGCGGCUGCUGCGAGUGCCGCAAGUGGUGCUCUCUACCAAACCAAUAACAACAACACAAACAACAACACAUCGAUUGCGAGUCCAGGAGCAAACACAUCCAACACAACGCCAGCAACAGUUGCAGCUGCAGCAGCAGCAACUGCAUUGUCCGGCUCUAGUUCGCCGGGCUCGGUAAAUUCGGCAUCCUCGCUGCUGACAGCCGCCUUUGGCAAUCUAUUUGGCGGCUCCUCCGCAAAGAUGUUAAACGAAUUGUUCGGACGACAAAUGAAACAGGCGCAGGAUGCGACCAGUGGUCUGCCACAGAGUCUCGACAAUGCCAUGUUGGCGGCCGCUAUGGAAACGGCAACCAGCGCCGAGCUGCUCAGUGCAGCUGGCCUGGUCAACAGUCUCAACAAUACCAGUAAAUUGCUCAACAACAACAACAAUAAUAACAACAACAGCAACACUGCGCUCAGCAAUGGUGGCAACAAUGCCUCCAUCUCGCCAGGAUCAGCGCACUCCUCCUCCACUAACAAAGGCGGCAGCAGCAGUCGUCGUGUCUCCAAUUGCAGUGAUCGAUCGCUCGACGGCAAUCUGGCGGCAGCCGAUGUUGCUGGCGGGAGUCCGCCCAGAGCUGCUUCGGUGAGUUCGUUGAAUGGCGGCGCCAACAACAACAACGAGCAGCAGCAGUUGCUGCAACACGAUUUGGUGGCACAUCACAUGCUGCGCAACAUACUGCAAGGCAAAAAGGAGUUGAUGCAACUCGAUCAGGAGUUGCGCACAGCAAUGCAACAACAGCAGCAGCAACAGCAACAACAGCAGGAGAAACAGCAGCAGGAGCUGCACUCUAAGCUGAAUAACAACAACAGUGUGGCUGCCACCAACAAUAACAACAAUAAUAACAACAGCAACAACAACAACAGCGGCAGCAACGCAGUCACCGAGAGCAUCAAUUUGAUCGAGGACAGCGACAUGCCGGAGAUUAAAAUCAAAAGUGAACCUGAGCUGAUGCAAGCAACGCCUCAGGCGCCGCACUCGCCACACGGUGGCAGCAGCCACAGUCAUAGCAGCAGCAGCAGCAGCAGUCACAGCAACAGCAACAGUCACAGCCACCACAGCAACAGUCACAGCCACAACAGCAGCAGCAACAGCAUUGCCAGCAACGGCAGCUUGCGACGCAAGUCCUCUGACUCGCUCGACAGCAUGCAACGCGAGGAGCGUGCCACAACAGCAGCAGAGCCCCAAUUGGCUAACGAAACGCUGCCCAGCAAGAAGGAGGCUGUUGACGAUAUGCUCGAUGAGGUGGAGCUGCUGGGCUUGGGACACAAUCGCAAUUCGGAUCUGGAAUCGCUGGCAUCGCCCAGUCACUCGGACAUCUUGCUGCUGGAGAACAGCAAGGACGAGGUGCUGGACAACGACGACAUCAUUGAAGACGAUGACGAUGAGGAUGAUGACGACGACGAUUGCAUCGAGACAAAACGUGAGUCAGCAACCAGCUCUGGUUGCCUCAAAAAACCCGGCAUGGAGUUGAAACGUGCUCGUGUCGAACACAUCGUGUCCAGCAUGCGUUGCAGCCCCUCGGCCACUCCCCAAGCGGGUCAGCUGCAGGUGAACGGUUGCAAGAAGCGCAAGCUGUAUCAGCCACAGCAACAUGCCAUGGAACGCUAUGUGGCCGCAGCUGCUGGUCUCAAUUUUGGUCUCAAUCUGCAGAGCAUGAUGCUCGACCAGGACGACAGCGAGUCCAAUGAGCUCGAGUCGCCACAGAUACAGCAGAAACGUGUGGAGAAGAAUGCGCUGAAGUCGCAGUUGCGCUCCAUGCAAGAGCAGCUGGCUGAGAUGCAACAAAAGUAUGUGCAACUGUGCACACGCAUGGAACAGGAGUCCGAGUGCCAGGACCUCGACAAUGAUCACGAGCAGGACAUGGAAAGUCUGGAGCCAGAGGCAGAGCAUGAGCAGGAGCAUCAGAACGAUGAUAUCGAACUGUCACACUCGCCCACGCUCAGCGAGUCCACGCCCAAGGAGUCGGUGGAGCGAGCUGGCUCCAGUUCCCCAUCGCCCACGCUGAAGGUGCAGAGCAGUAGCAGCAGCAGUGGUAAGAGCAACAACGAGAAUGCAGCAGCCACCACACCGAAUAUGCUCACCCAAAUGAUGAGCAAGAUGAUGUCCAGCAAACUGCAACAGCACAAUCCGCUCGUGGGUGUCUCUCAUCCUGCGUUGCCACAAGGCUUUCCGCCACUGUUGCAACAUAUGGGCGACAUGUCGCAUGCCGCAGCCAUGUAUCAGCAAUUCUUCUUCGAGCAGGAGGCACGCAUGGCCAAGGAAGCUGUCGAGCAGCAGCAGCAGCAACAACAGCAACAGCAACAACAGCAGCAACAGCAGCAACAACAGCAGCAGCAGCAACAAGAGCAACAGCGUCGCUUUGAACAGGAGCAAGAGCAGCAGCGGCGCAAGGAGGAGCAACAGCAGCAGCUGCAACGCCAGCAGCAGCACUUGCAGCAACUGCAACAGCAACAGCAGCUGGAGCAACAUGUUGCCGCCGCCGCUGCAGCACCUCGCGUCCAAUUGCAUCCGCCCGCCCGUCUGCCCACACGCAUGGGCGGGGCAGCCGCCCACAGUGCACUGAAGUCGGAGUUGUCUGAAAAGUUCCAAAUGCUGCGACAGCAGAGCAGCGCCAAUAACAACAACAGCAACAGCUCAAUGAUGCGCAUGUCGGGAACCGAUCUCGAAGGACUUGCCGAUGUGCUCAAGUCAGAGAUAACCACAUCGUUGUCCGCGUUGGUGGACACGAUUGUUACUCGCUUUGUGCACCAGCGACGAUUGUUCAGCAAACAGGCGGAUUCGGUGACAGCCGCAGCAGAGCAGCUUAACAAGGAUCUGAUGCUGGCAUCGCAGAUCUUGGAUCGCAAAUCGCCACGCACGAAAGUGGUUGCAGAUCGCGGACACAGCGGACACAGUCUCAAUGGCAAUGCGGGCGCCCAGAAUGGUCCAACGCCAGCAACACAAUCAGGUAAUAAUGGUUCACUUCUCCUAGCUAAUAGUCAAAUGCCCUCGCAGCAGCAGCAGCAGCAACAGCAGCAGCAGCAGGCGAGUAGUCAGGGCAAUAGCAGCAAUGCCAAUGCACAACAGCAACAGCAACUUGCACAGCACCAGCAACAGCAGCAACAACAACAGCAGCAGCAGCAGCAACAGCAGCAGCAGCAGCAACAACAACAGCAAUCGCAAGUCAUGUCAGCAAUGGCAGUUGCCCAACAGCAAUUGCCGAAUUGCCAGCAACUAAUUGCAGCGCCACGUCUCAAUGGCAAUCAAUUGUCGUUUGCCUCACCCGCGGCAGCUGCUGCCGCCGCGAUGGGUCUGCAGAUGCAUCAUGCUGCCGCCGCGGCAGCAAUGCAACAGCAGCAGCAGGCUGCACAACAGCAGCAGCAGCAGCAGGCAGCGAGCGAUGCAACUGUUGCUGGCAGCAAUGUCGCUAGCAAUGUUAACCAAUCGAAUGCAACUAACAAUAGCUUAAGUUCACUUAAUAUACCACCACCUCACAUACGUCCCUCGCCCACAGCGGCGGCCAUGUUUCAGGCGCCCAAAACGCCACAAGGCAUGAAUCCGGUGGCAGCAGCCGCGCUCUACAACUCGAUGACGGGACCAUUCUGUCUGCCCUCCGAUCCACAGCAGCAGCAGCAGGCCGCCCAACAGCAGCAGCAGGCCGCACAGCAACAGCAGCAGGCUGCACAGCAGCAACAAGUGGCAGCACAGAAUGCCCAGCAGACGCAACAGCAGCUGGAACAGAACGAGGCUUUGAGCCUGGUGGUGACACCAAAGAAAAAGCGUCAUAAGGUCACCGAUACACGCAUCACACCGCGCACCGUUAGUCGGAUCCUGGCUCAGGAUGGCGUUGUGCCGCCUAGUGGACAGGCAGCCGCUGCCGCCGCUGCCGUUGCAGCCGCCCAGCAGCAACAACAGCAGCAACAGCAGCAGCAACAACAGCAGCAGAACAACGGCAACGGCAGCAGCAGCAACAACAGCAACAACAACACCAGCAAUGCAACGCCAGCGCAGAGUCCAACGGGUCGCGGUCAAUCGACGGGCACGUACCAUCCGCCACCACCACCACCACCACCCAUGAUGCCAGUGUCCUUGCCCACAUCGGUGGCCAUACCAAAUCCAUCGCUGCACGAAUCCAAGGUCUUUUCACCGUACAGUCCAUUCUUUAAUCCGCAUGCGGCGCCGGGUCCACACGGUCCACCGCAUGGGGGUCAACCCACCGCUGCCCAGAUGCACCAUCAGCACCACCAUCAGCUGCAGCUCUCGUCGAGUCCGCCCGGCAGCCUUGGCGCCUUGAUGGACUCGCGCGAUUCGCCGCCCUUGCCACAUCCGCCAACGAUGCUCCAUCCCGCACUCCUUGCGGCCGCCCAUCAUGGCGGCUCACCCGACUACAAGACCUGCCUGCGAGCCGUCAUGGAUGCCCAGGAUCGACAGUCCGAGUGCAACUCGGCCGACAUGCAAUUCGAUGGCAUGCAGCCUACUUCUUCAACAUUGACACCGAUGCACCUGCGCAAGGCCAAGCUGAUGUUCUUCUGGGUGCGAUACCCGAGCUCAGCGGUCCUCAAGAUGUACUUCCCGGACAUCAAGUUUAACAAAAACAAUACAGCACAAUUGGUGAAAUGGUUCUCAAACUUUCGAGAAUUCUACUACAUACAAAUGGAGAAAUAUGCACGACAAGCUGUCACUGAAGGCAUCAAGACACCCGAUGAUCUGUUGAUUGCUGGAGAUAGUGAAUUAUAUCGCGUGCUCAAUUUGCACUACAAUCGCAAUAAUCACAUUGAGGUACCCCAAAAUUUUCGCUUUGUGGUCGAACAGACACUGCGUGAAUUUUUCCGUGCAAUACAGGGUGGCAAAGACACCGAGCAAUCGUGGAAGAAAUCCAUAUACAAAAUAAUAUCACGCAUGGACGAUCCCGUGCCCGAGUACUUCAAGUCGCCGAAUUUUUUAGAGCAGCUAGAAUAAGUGGAGGAGUUGGCUAUGCCAACGAUGCCACCGCCCUUGAAUCAUCAUCAUACGAACCCUGCUACGACUACUACAACAACUACAGCAAGAGCAACAGCUACAGCUACAGCUACAGCUACAGCAACAACAACAGCCAGAGCAAGAGCAACAACUACAAUGCCGAGAGCCACGUCACGAAAACCAAAGUUAAAAAGUUAAAUCUACGUAAGAAAUACAACUGGAUAUGAUAAUACACACACGUUAUCAAUGUAUUAUAAAAGACAACAACUACUACUAAAUACCGAAAAAGAUGCAACAUUUUCCUAAGGUAUUACGCAUUCUAAAAAAAAAAGGCCUCUCGUCGAUCUUAAAUCUAUUGUAAUAACAUUUCUGUAGAGCCGUCGAAUAUUUUUUCAAUCAUUUUUGAAAAUGCCGUCAAUACAACAUCGCUGCAUUUCGCAUUCAAUUUGAUGCAAUAACAACAACAACAAUUCACACACUCGCACACACACCCACAAAAAUACACACACAGGGAAAAAAUGCGCUGCAAAGUAUGCAGCGCUUUUUUGAACGUCAACAAACAAAGACAAAACAAACAUAAACAUAGUGCAAAUUAAAAACCUGAGCCAAUACCAGAUAGUAACACUCACACACACAUCAAACAUACACACACACAUAAACACGAAAUCGUAUCUAUACAGAGUGUAAACUGUACUCUGACCGUUGGUUUGAUAGUUGAAAAUUUUUAAAAUAUAUUUCUACAAUACUUAUCUAUUACAAAUAGUUGAUCCAUCUAAUAAUCUACCGAAAGUUGACACACAUUCCAAAUACACACACACACACCUACACUAACACACAUCGGUACAGUUUUCACCUGAAUUCAAAGUGUGUUUCUUAGCCGAUUGAAAAGUGCUUUUCAACUGGAACAAUUCAAGUUUCACUUGAAGACCAACUUUUCUGUUCGUCUUUUAAAGACAAUUUUGCGCAAUCUUUGAAAAAGUUAGCGUAAUUCUGUCGCUUCAAAAAAGAAAGAUAAAAGUAUUUAAUAAUUAAGUUCAGGUUGCUAUUUUCCUUUUUAAAAUUAAGCAAAUAUUGAUGUCGAACACAAAAAAACAAAACAAAAAAAAAAAUUAACCUUUUGCGAUUAGAAUUAUGAAACGAAAAGAAAAUUACGAAAUUUGUCUUAGCAACGGGCGUUAGGGUAGCUAAAAUUUAUUUAAUGUUAUGCAAACAUACAACCAAAGUUUACUGUUAAUCGAGCCUAAUUUUGUAUGCGAAUUAUUUUUUAAACCAAUAUACAUAUAUCUUAAUUGAUUAAUUUUUGAAAAAUGCACCAAUUUGUGCACGCAAUUUGUUUAAUUUCUUAACAACCUACAAAACACACACACACACACACACACACAUACACACACACUAGUCUGUUAUUUAUGUACAUACUUAUACGUUUAGUUGAAUAAAGUUCGGCUUAAGUUUAUGUUUAGUUUAAUUUACUUGGCCUUAAGUUGCAACAUACAAAAUACAAUAUAUACACGAAAACACAACACAGUCUACCAUUUGAGUUUCUUUAUUUAUCAAUUUAUAGUUUACCGAUUCGCGAUGAUUGCAUCUACAACAAGUAAGACGCCAAGUAUGUACCUCAAGAUGCACUUUCAUUUCAUAUACCAAGCAUGGAAAGUGGGCGGGUUUAGAGGGAUAUGUUUGCCUGCUCUUGCCUCACUGAAGGGCAGGCAAACCAGUGACUGCAGUUCCUAACAUCUUCACCAAACUGCAGUACACUUACAUCAACAUGAGCAUCAGCAACAUGAGCAACAUGAGCAACGUGAGCAACAACAACAACAACAUUAAUCAUUAAAGCAUGCAUACACAUCACAUCGCUAAAAAAAAAACGAAAAGAAAUUACAAAUAUCGAACAUUAUUUGGCAAGUAUAAAAAUAUUCCUCAAGAACUUUACGGCAUCUCAACUCAACACAAAAAAUAGUGCAAUUUCGGCCCAUCAUGUGCUUUGAGUCGUACAUACAUCAUUGGGCGGUACCACGCCCCCUAACGUCCCUAUUCGGUAGUAAGCUAAGCAAAUUUCACUUUUGGCUGGAGAGAUGUUUAGAGAUUAGAGUCGGAAGAACACCGUGACAAGAAUACAAUGCAAACCUUUCGGCAAACCCAAUGAUUAAGCAAAAUUUUAACAAUAGUCGAAUUUUAGCUAAGAACAAAUUGAAACGAACUAUUAAUUUUUUAGGCCUAAAACACAUAAGUUUAUAUUGCAUAAACUUAUCAAAAUUGUAUGCAAUUCGGCGUAGAAAUAUGACAAAAUUAAUCAAGUAUGAACGGUGAGUUUCCUAAUCUAAUACAAAACAAACAAAACAACUCGCAAACGAAAUUCAAAUUGAAAUUCCUUUAUUACGAAAAGGAUACAACAAAUUUAGAAAUCUAAAAUUGAAAACAAAUUACUAAUUAUUAGAUUUACAACGCAGACAAAUUAAGUAUAACAAAAAAUCGAAGAGAGAAAUAUUUAUUCAUUGGCUACUAAGAAAAACUAUCAUUUCACUUAUCUAGUUGAUUUGCUAUAAUUUCUGUUUAGGUUUAUCCGUUUCACUUUACAGUUUGCAGCAGAACAGAAAUUGAAAUUGAAAAAAAGUCAAAAUUUAAAGUUCGUUGAUUGUUAAUGCCUUUACAAAAUUUAUUAUGAAACUUUUUUGGCACUUUGAUGUGGGCUAAAAUUUUAUUUAAAUACAAUUGUAACUGAUUUUGUGAUAAAAAGAACAAAACAAAAAAAAAUUGAAAACGAAAACAUUAUUGUUUCGGUAAAAACCAAUAUGGCUGAGCCGUGGGGGCGGUGGCCACGCCCACUGGCCACACGAGCUGCCAUUCAAAAUUAUUGAUUAUAAAUGAAAAUAGUAAAUUGAAAAAAACCCCAUUUAGGCAAUUUAAGGCGUAUUAACAAUAAACAAAUGCAACAAAACGUUUGGCAAACCCAAAAAAAAACUUUAGGCAAAAUUUUAUAAAUUAAGCAAGUCAAGUCAAAAUUUCACAAUUUUUAUAUACUCAUAAGAAAAAAGAGACGAUGAAGCCAAUAAGCAACUCGCCAAUGAACAAACCGUCAAAGAAGAAACAAGAACUUAAGCACUUUUCAAAUAUUAGCAUUAUUUUCAGUUUCAGUUCGUCAAAUGAUUUUGUGUAGAUUUAGUAAGAACACACGCAAUUUAAAAACAUCGUAAAUAUCGUAAAUAGAAAAUGUCAUAGAUUGUAAAAUGGAUUCAAUGUGAACUAUUUCACAUAUUCGUUUGAGUACCAAGAAAACAAUACACAAAACAACUCAUUCACACAUACAACAUGAGUACAACAUAUACUACUAUAUAAAUUGACAUACAUACGUACAUAAUACAUACAUUUAUACUUACAUACAUAAUUAUACUAAGUAUAAGUAAACCAAAAACAAAAAAGACAUAUUACUAAUUGGUUAAUAAACAAAAUUCAUUAAAACCAAAUACAACAAAUCGUUGGCGCUUGCUUUUUUGUAUUCUUUACUAAAUUGCUUCCAAUUUUUGGCAAUAUUCUCUUUUAAUUUAAGAAGUUUUUCCGUUUGUAUUAUUUAUUUUCAAUUUUAUCCCAAUGUUUGGCAUUUACCACAGCAAAAUUUUGUACCAACGGCAUCGAUUGGCCCCUCAACAACACUACACAACAAACAAAACCCCAAAUCGCAAUCACAACUAACGGUAAGCAAAACAAUAUCAGCUAUAAGUUCUCGAUUGAUCCAUAGAAGCAGCGGGGGUAACUUUAAAUACGAUUCCACAAACUUUUGGUAUUCAACUUUUGAGGCGAAAAAAUUCCAUUUUGUUUUGCACUGAUCAACAAAAAGAUGAGCACGCAUCAACGUGAAUUUGGUGUUGAAAAAUUCCAAAAAUAAUAUAUAUCGAAAUAUCGCAAACAAUAGCCUAGUUCACAAUUCAAAUCAUUUGUAGGCUGCUUUUAUGGUACGUAUUUCUCACAGUACAGUUUACAAAUCUGUUCAAAAAGCAGAGGCCAGGACAUUAUCACAGCUAUCGACUUUAUUUAACAAAACAUCAAUCAAAAUACUUACAAACCAGCCAAUCCAUGAAACAGACAACAAACUCCAGAACGCAGAUAAGAAAUAAAAAGAAAACUUAAUUCAAAUCAGUGACAACAUCCAAACAGCCAACCAGACAGGUAAAUAGGUAAAAAGCCCCUCCUCGAAAAAGAUAAGCUUAGCAACACACAGGACAGUGCUGGAAAGCGCCCUGUGCAGCAGAAGAAGCAACAGCAGCAGUGUUGAGAAACUGCACUCAGACAGACAGACAAAACCGAAAACUAAAAGCGAAAUAAUUUCAUUUACUGAUUAACUGAUUGUGAGCACAGCAAACUAAACUUAAUGCAUGUUGAAAAAUACUUCAAAGGUAUUUCAGCAAAACAUAAAUAAAAAUCGAAUAUGAAAACAAAAGAAAAGCAAAAUACGAAAAACGAAAACAAAACAAAAACAAAAAUAUAUACUACACCUAAACCAAAUAUCAAAUAUAAAUGCAGAUGCAGCCAUAUGCAAUUUUAACUAGAUUUUAAAGCAUUAUUACCGCAAAAUACCAAAAUACCGAUUACCGCAUAUACUGAAUGAAAAAAACAAUUGAAUUAAACGAAGCAAAGCAAUUGGUCAAAUUUGUACAUAAAUGAAGAAGAAAAUCACAUUUAAAUACAACUACAUACACGUAAUUAAAUACUACAGUUUAAACAUAAGCUAACAAAUCUAAACAACAUAGUAAACCCCCAUAAGUCCAUCAACAAAUCCCAACAAAACCACACCUUGGGCAUAGGCAAUAUUUAUACACAGAGCUUUACAACACUGAAAGUGUGUGCGCAAAUGAUUUUCGAGUUUCGAGAACAUGUGCCAAAAUAAGAAAACACAAAGAACAGAUACAGAUACAUAUUAGCAUAUAUGUAUAUCAUAUUUAUCACAAUAAUUUUGGCACAAGAUAAACAUGACGAUACAUGAAUUCUAUUUUUAAGUCAGUUAAUUAAACAUCCUUAUUUCUAAAAAACAUCUGAUCACAAAAAUAACGAAAGUAAUGAGAAGUAAAGAGAGAGGGAAAUAAGUAUAAAAAAUCGAACACUAAAAUUUGCAGUUUUGGUAUAUACAAACAACAAAAAAAUGAAAACGAAAACGAAACUCAAAAACGACAAGAAACCAAAUACUUAAAAUGAUUGCGUUUUUUUAGUAGCAAACGCGAUUCACAAAAUUCUUAUCAAAUUUAUGACCCAAAAAAACAAAAACAAAUUACAAAUGUUUGGAGAAAAAAUGUAAAUUUUUAUCACUUAUUUCAGGAAGUAUGGAGAGGAGAUCCAGUUUUGGGCGCGUCGAUAAGGAUGCCCCAAUCUUUUAGUUAACAAACUGCAAUAGAGCAGCACAGCAUGUGCAUAAUUUUGGCGCACACUGUGUCUGCAAACAACGGAUUAAGUUUAAAUACAAUCAAAUUCUUAAACAAUUACUGAACAACAUUUUCAGUUCAGCAGCAACAAUUACAAUUAACCAUCCUGAUUUAUGACGAUUAUAAAACAAUGUUAAAACUUUUGGCUUAUCAUAACAAUGAAAUGAAGAACAAAAUUUUAAAAUCAAAUUUCAAAUUCGAUUGAUAUACAUUCACACACACACACACAUACACACCUAUACACAAUACACACAGCACAUGUUUGCGAAACAAGAAAAAAAAAGUAUAAAAAUAUAUAACAGUUGCAUAACCUAUCAUAAAAAUAAAAAUAAUAAUAACAAUAAUCUAAUAACAACAAUUGAUAACUAAGAAUUUAGUUUUAAAAGCCAACAAUAGCCAGGGAAACAUACACAACUCGUAUGUGAUAUUUUUGAGUUAAUCUCUCAUUUAUUUAUACUGAACAACAUGCCCAAUUUAAAGUGACAAUAUCAAGCAUAAUUAACAUCAAUAAUAACAACAACUACAACAACACACACAGCACUUCCAGCAGCAACUUUUUUUGGGUUGUCUACCAUAUCAAAUCGAAGUAACAAAAAAUACAAAAAACAAACAUACAAACAAACUGCAACAAAAAAAAAAAACAAAACAAAUACAAAUAAAGAGAAAGACCCAAUAAGAAUAGGAGAGAGGUGUUUCGUUCUGUUGAAUCUUUAAGCCAUCCUCAGUUCAAAUUUUAAAUAAUAUAUAAAUAUUAACAAAAUAUAAUAAAAUAUAUAAAAUAUAUAAAUAUUAUAAGUGUUCAUAGUUGAAUUUGAAUAUCAAUGACUAAACCAAAAGUCAAUUUUAUUUUGCAAUAGUCAAAACGUGCCAACCGCGCGAACCGGGAUAAUUUAUAGUACAAUACAACAACCAACAAACAAACAAACAAACAAAGCAAACAACAAACAAAAUACAUACCAAUAAAUUUUUAUAAAACUAUUUAUAUUUUUAUACUAAAGAAAAAGGUAAAUCGAAAGAUUGAUAAACAAUAGCUAAUUAGUAUAAUAAGCCAAAAAUUUUAGUUCACAUUCACCAAGCUUAAGUUAACAAUUAAACAACAGCAACAUUUAUGAUUUAUGUUAUAAACAAGAACAACAACAACAACAGAGCUGUCUGCCAUUGGGCUAGAAGUACUGAUGGAUCAAUGAGGUAUUGCGGCAUGCCACAACUGCAACAGAAGAGACACACGUCAUGAAACCCACAUGAAAUUUACAAUAGUAACCUCAAGCUUUAUAAGUAAGAGACUCGAGGACCCGAAGAUGCCUGCCUGCUAAAUAAAUAAAAAUAAAAAAAAAACACGCAACAAAUGUUUCGCCCAGCUCAUGAGUUGUGUAAAAGCUCUGAAAAUUGCAGACUGUGUGGCAGAGCUAGUGAACUUCUUGACUCCCUUUCUGGUCCCCAAAGACUAUCGCGACUCAGCAGACUCAGCACAAAUAGACAACAAAAAAUAAGUGAUAAAAACAAACAAAUCUUUUGUUAUACAAUUCUCUUACGAAAACCUAAUCAAUUAAUUGAUGUGAACCACAAGCUUUUGCGUGCGUUAAACUGGCGCGAUCUUCUGACGAGAGCGCUAAACCUGAACGAUUUGCGGCAACAGGAGACGAACAUAAACAAGAAGAUGUUGAAGACGAGGACGACAAAAAUAAUAACUGCAAUCUACUUUGGUUUACUCUCACAUACAUAUAUAAUAUAGUACAUAAAGCAACAAUAAACAAGCGCAAAAAUUGAUCAAGCAAUUCAAAUUGUGCGCCUCAAUGAGCCACAAACAAUAGCCCAGCAAUAUUAUUCUUAUUUUCUCAAGGUGCCUCUUUGUAAUUCUCCGAGAAUUAAAGAGGUGCCACAAACCGCCGUAAUACAGAAGUACAACCAAGCAAAUCAAACAAAACAUUGGCACCACAAAUCGAUCGAUGCAUUGAUAUUGAACAAUAUUAUUCUGUUGCCGCAAUCAUGCCGAAAAUACUCGUAAUGCUACAGAUCUUGUAGCAUUCCCGAAGCGUGUCACUUGCCAGAGAUCGCCCCAGGCGUUUGUCAAAAUUCUACAAAGAUUUUUUGUAAAAAACUGUAGGAGCAAACGAAAAACGCAAUUUUAUCAAAUGCCAUAAUGAUAAUUGACUUUCAGUUUCCUAUUUUGAGUUGAAUCUCAGUUUUGUUGUUUUUUCGCUUUUACUUUUAACAAAAGCGAAACCGACACAAGACGUUAAAAACACGCUCCUUUGGUGCGUGUGUAAAAUAUGUAUAAAACAGAAAACAAAAAAACGAAAACUAAAAUAAAAAAUAUAAAAAAAAAAACAUACAAAUACCAAAAAAAAAAAGAAUUAAAGCAACAACAAUAUUUAUACAGAGACUGCAAACAAAUGUGAUCAGAUAUUUUAUAAUAAUAUAAGUUUACAAGCAACCGCUAUAAAAACAUAAUAAGAAAGCCAAAACCAAAAUCACAAGUAUUUAUUGCAAUAGCGAAAUGAAUCAAAAUCGAGAACAUCCAUAAGAAACAGAACAGUAACAGCAACAGUAACAGUAAAAGUAACAGCAACAACAACAACCUUGUAAGCAAAAUGUAAGUCAAUAUUUAAGAAGUAAGAAAACCAAAACCAAAACCAAAAAAAAAUAUUUAUAAUAAUAUUUUUUACAAUAGCAUAUACAAAACAAUCUCUAAAUAUAUAGCAAACGACAAAGAAACCAAGCGGGAGCUGCAACCAUGCCCAACAACCCCUAAAAGCAGGAUGCAGUUUCUUGCGUAACAGUUGCCUUUCACAAAAACAAUUUACCAUUUAAGUUACAAAUAGUGAAAUAGACACAAACCAAAAUGGCGACACCCUGACCACAGGGUGUAGUCAAGUUUCAAACCAGUUUUCAGUUGACAAUUAUCUCAGUUCAUUAAAUACAACAACCAACAGCCGCUGCAGUCAUGCAGCAAUUGCGUUUAGUUAAAGAUUCAUACAAAGGUUCUAUUCAUUUCUAGUAGGAGUAAGAGGAGAAGAUGAGAGAAGACAGAAGACAGAAUGGGUGAUGAGAGUGAUGAGUGGCGAGCUCAAAAGUAGCAACGAAAACAGUUUUAAGUCUACAUAAAUACAAAAUGCAAGAAAAUACAUUGAAGUAAUUCAGUUCAGUUCAUUUAUGUGAAGAAACAGAAAUGGGAAGCAGAAGGAUUAUAUAUUUUAACACAACAACAACAAAUUUGGAUGCAUUUUGCGAUGAUUUUGUGCUUAUCGAAAUUGCAAUGAAUUUUAGUUCUGAACAAUAGUGCCGGUAAUAUUAUAAUAUAAGUAACUAUACGAAUACAUAUACAUAUUCAUAUAUAUGUAUACAAUAUACAUAGAUAAAAUACGUUAUCUAGACGUCGUAAACCGUAUUUCAUCAUAGCUAACUAAUGUUCAAAGACUACACUGAAAAAAACAUGCAACAGAUCAAAUACAUACUGAGAUUUCAUUUGCGCUCAAUUUUCUGAGUUCAGACCACAUGCGAGUGAUAAAGAUUGCCUCAUGCCCUCCAAGCCCAUGAAAAACCCCACAAGUCCACCCUUUUACACACACCUACACGCCACACACACUUAUCCCACAUAUAUGCAUCGUGUCACAUGCCCUAUAAAUAUAUAUAUCUUAUUAACUAUAUAAGAAGUAAACACAAAAAACAAAAUAUUAAAAAAAAAAAUAAUAAUAACGGUAGUUGCUAUUUUAAAUAUGUAUUACAAGAAAACGAUAAAGAAAACAAAACACGAUCAUUAAAUAUGCAGCAGAGUAUGAAAUAAAUGUUAAGCAGGAACCACAAACCAAGCAGACCCAAAAAACAACAACAACAAUAACAACAGACAAAUGAAGCGAAAGCAACAAGAACAAAAACAGCAAGUCAAAAGUCAAAUAUGUUCCACUCCAAAUACAAAAGAAAAAAAACCAAAACUCAAAACUCAAUACAAAAAUAAUACGUAUGAUAUUUAUAUGCUUUUUUACUUACACGUAUAAAUGAAAUGUAUACAAAAAAUGGAAUUUGGAGAUGCCGCCUUUAGGUUUGCAACACUCAAAUACACACACAGUCACACACACACACACACACACUCAACAUACCCGCACACAAAUAUACAGAAACAAAAGUCAAUGUCAGCAUAAGUAUGAAAAGUAAGCGUACAUUAAAUUAAAUUAAAUUAAAUACUUACGAAAAACAUGAAAAGCAAAAUGAAAAAAAUUUAAUGAAAAUCAGUAUAAAUUUCUACUCAUAGUUUAGCAGUCGUAAUUGAUUUAUUUCCAAAUUAACAAAUCAAAUGGACACAAAACAAAGCAAUUCGCAUAUAGGACAUAACUUAAAUAGUUCGCAAAGAAACCGACUAAAUAAACUACCUACAUAAAAUAGAAAUCUUCGCCAGCCAAGUACUACACAACAGCUUAACAACAACAACAACAACCAAAUGCCGUUCAAUCAACAACAACAACAACAACUACUACAACUAAAACUUAGACACCAAUCAGUUAUCCAUUAGUUAAAUAUAUAAUUUAUCAGCUACAUGAUCAUACACUCUAAGAGAUUAGAUCCGUUCCGAAUUCUAUAUUCGCAUCAAUUCUGAUCGAAAACUGAAUUCGAAUCGCGUCUAAUUAACAAAGGCCCAACAACUGUAAAUCGAAAAAAUAAUAUUUGAAAGCACACUUUUAACGGGUAUACACGUAAUAUUGUAGAAAUAACUUUAUUUGAUAUUUUAAGUCUUGUGCCGAUUUCCAAUUCCGCGGUAAUUUCGCCAACAUUUCAUAUUGCAUGCUUUUUGCCGCAUAAUCAGUACUGUCUACGUAAAAUAAAACGAUGAUGUAAGACAACUACAUUUUGGAAUUGGAUUUCCAUAACACGACAGAAGGAUGAAACACAUUUCGAUGAGAGGAGCUUUUCGGCAAUUAUGCUCAAGUGGUAUAGCAUUAAAUAAAAAAAUAUGUAUAUUCUAGGCAACAGUUUCGAGCAAGAAUAUUUCGGCUUAGACAGAAACAAAACCAGUUGACUUUUGGCGUUAGUGCAAAAGUGCAAAACUUAAACAAAAUCUAAAGAAAAAAUGAAAAAAUAUAUAUAUAUGAAUCGUUCCACGGGAACACAACUCUCGGCAAAGACUUUGGCGUACAUUUCGGAACAACAGAAGACGCAAUCUACAAAACAAAAUGAAAAACAACCAAAAAAAAAAAUGAUAAUGACUAAAUACGCGAUGCGAGUGUUUCAACCGCCUGCCAAACAUAAUUUUUCGGAGCCAACAAAAAAAAUUAAAUUUUAGAUAUAAGUGUAAAACUAAAUAUAAAAAUAUUUCGGUAAUGUUCCUAUAUGUAUACAUAUUUAUAUAUAUAUGUCUAUAUAUGUAUAUGUAUACAUAUAUAUAUAUCUAUAUAUAAACAGGGUAUAUGAAAAAAUUUAACUUUUGGACACACCAAAAUUCAGCAUUUAACAUUUUGGAAUAGCAAAAUAAAAAUGUCGGAAUUAAAAACGAAACAAAAACUCGGCAAUGAGAAAUUGACAUUCAUGUCUUUGUCAGGUGCUUGGAACACUGGCAAAAAUGAUCUAAAUUAAAAAGGUUACAUAUAUAUAAAAAUAAAUAAUUUACAGGCAGCAUUUGAAAAACAAAAUAAAUAAAACUAGUUGUUUUCAAUUUUGAUUAUAUUAUAUUUACGUUGACUAAUAAUUUGAUGACUUCAACAAAUUGGAAAAUUGUACUUUUCAAUGACAGUAACAACAAUGAAGAACGCGUUAAAAUCCCAAAAAUGAUGACAAAACAACAAUGAUGAAUAUAAAAAAUGCAAAGAAACGAACAAAAUUGUAAACUCUCGGCCACGUUUGGAUAAUUCUCUCGGUGUAAUGUUCAGGACAACAAAAACAAAAACAACAACAAAAAGAAAAACAAAAAUGAAAACAAAAUCCUUUAGACUUUAGGCAAUGGAAAAAAAAAUAACUCAAAAUCCAAAAAUUAUAUGCAAAAUUACAAAAUUUUGGAAUACAAAAUUUUCGUAAAGCAAAAUUUAUAUCAUAAGUGAACCAGCCGGAUGGAGUCAAAACGGAAAAAAAUGCAACUCUGACCAGGGCUUUGGAUAACAAAUUGAUAAAAAUUUUGAAAACGUGUUGAAAAAUAUCAAGAAAAAAGUACAAGCUUAUUUUAAGCACCUUCGCGCCUUAUCUUUAAGAACAUAAACAAAAAAGAAAACCAAAUGCAACCUUAAUGACAUAAAAUUACAUUUAAAUACAUUUAAAAGAACAAAAAAAAAAACACAAAAAAAACUAAAAGCAAAAUACAAAAAAAACGGUGUAAAUUUUAUAUAUCAAAUCAAGAAAAUGCAACUUUGGAUACAUCUACUGAUAGUUAUUGCAUGAAUUAAUUUUAGUCUGAUACCAGAAGAGUGCGUUAAGCAAAUUUUCACUUCAGUUUCAAUCCCAUUUUUGUUUUAUGGAAAAUCUGCCUUAAAUUAUACUAAAACUAAAUAAACAUGACAAGUCAACAACUUCAUAGGCGAGACAUUAUUGGUGCUCCACAUAUGUGGAACACUCUGAUCAACAAUGUCUCUGCCAAUGACAAGUACAGCAAAUAAAUUGAAAAUAAAUGCAUAAAUACAUAUAAAAAAAAAAAACGAAAAGAGAAGAAUAAAAGAAAAAACAGCAAAAUUCAAAAUCGUCGUCAAAAGACGCUGCAGAUUUCAAAAUUCAAAAAUAAAAACAAAAUUAUUUAACAAAAUUACAAAACUGAAAAAAUUAAGUGCGGUUUGAAGCUAGGAACAACAGCAGCAAACAUAUACAAAAUCAAAACAUAAAACCACAAAAAUAGCAAAAGGUUUUCUCUACUUUAUUAUACCCAAAUAAAAGAAUAUGAAAGUUAAAUGAUAUGAAAAAAUGAAAAUUUAAAGCAAAUGCUUAUGAUUUUAAGUUUGUAAACCCCUUUGUAAAUGUUUAGAUGUAUAAAAAAGUAACAUGGACAACACUUAAGUUAGAUGUUGGUGAGGCAAAAAAAAAAAAAACGACCCGAUAUGAAAUAAGAAAGUGUAUGUAAAAAUUGUAGACAUUUAUAGUUACCAAAAGAAACGAAAACAAAAUUGAAUAUGAAAAUGAAAAUGAAAUCGAAAUCGAAAAAAUUGAUAUAAUCGAAAACCUAAAUUGAGUCCUUAAUAAUUAGUUCUAAUAUUGCAACUGCAAGACGUAUGUAUAUCGAUUAGACAUGUGUAAUAUAUGAAUAUACAUAUAGGUAUUCCCUACUAUGGUCCCUAUUAAGUUGAUCAACUAGGUGAUUAACGAAGAUUUGCGCUCAAUUUCGAAUAUUUGACAUUUCAGAUAUAAUUUGGAAAACCGGUUUUCAGUUUGAGUCGAUUUUUAUGCGGAUCUUUUCCUUGGUUCUUUCGGUUACAGAAUGGCAACAACAAUGAGCACAACUCAUUCAUAUUACUAUAUAUAAACAAUUAAUGCAAAUAAUAGAGACACAAAUGGAAUACGUCAGAAGUAUUUCAAUAGCAGGCCAAAUGUUUACCAGUUCUCAAGCCUAAAAUAAAACCAAAACGUAUGGCAGACGCCCGAACAGGAAUCAAACUGGGCUGGACUGCCUGCUUUUCUGGACAUCCAUGACCGUUUCGCAACCAAUAGCACUGAAGGCAAUACAAAAUUCAAAUCCAAGAAAGAGGUAAAAGGCAAAUAAACAAUACAAAUGCAAAAUGCAGAAGCAGAGCAAAAGACAAGGCAAUGACAAGUUUCGAAUCAAAGAUUUUCGGUAAAUAAAAAAAACAUUUCGAAUGUAUCUUUUGGCAAGUUUCGAACAACUUUCGAUUAUGCUUUUGUUAAUAAUUUGUUAUUUUGCGACUACGUCUCCACGCACACGCACAAAAUACCCAAGAACAAGAACAACAGAAAUCAAAGUGAUAAACGAGUAAUGCAAAAGUUAAAAGCAAUUUUUGAAAUGGGGCCACAACGUCCGAUCUAAAGUGCCUUCAUGUAACAAAAACGUAAAAACCAAAAAAAAAACUGUUAAUUUUUUAUGUAACUAAAAGCAAACGAAGAAAAAAAGAACAAAAACCAAAAAUGAAAUUAUAAAUAAAAAUUGUAUAAAAAAAACUAAAAAUGUAAAAAUAUAUAACAAAUUUAAAGAUCUAAGCAAAAAAUGAAAAGGGCUCCAAAUAGACCAGCAUUCAAGCAAACACCAAAACUGUCUAGCAUUUGGCCUGAUCACAUUGUCUCUCGGGAAUCCCUCGGAAAAAUAACUCCCGCAAGUUCUAUAAUUUAAAGCAAAGAAAAAUUCAAGAUGCCGAAAAAAUAACGAUGAGAUAGCGAGCGCAAAUCUUUAGUUUCACUUUCAUCGAUUACCUAAGUAAGCGAUAUGCAUACAUCAUCAAUAACAUCAUACGAGCAUAUGCAAAUGUGUAUGAUGUACAUACGUGUAUUUAGUUCUAGUAUAUAUAUAUAAAAGGAACACACACACACACAAACGUCGAGGUACGAAAUUAUUGAUUUAGAAUUUAGAUACGAAAAGGUUUGGAUAUACAUUGACUACUUAUGAGGCAUAUACUAUACUUACCAUAUACAUACAUGUAUUGUGCUGAGUUGCUCAUUAAUAAAUGUACUCGUAUAUAUUAGUUUCUAUCCCACACCAAACAAAAAGACACCAACACACACACUCACACACAAUACAUAUGAAUACACUAUGCUACAUUUAGUUUAGAUCUUAGGUGGAAUAUAAAAACAUAAAGACAUACAUAUUAAACACAAAGUUAAGCUAAACGAUUGCAAAACUGAACAAAAAAUAUGAAGAAAAAUGAAAAACUAAGAACGGCAUACUUAAGAGGCGGCAAUAAGCUAUAAUGCAACUAAAUUUAAGCUAAACUCAACUACCGAUACAACAAAACCAAUUUAUGAAACUAAAAAAAAAAAAACGAAAAAAAAAAUAUAAAAAAUCGAAAAAUUGAAUAUUUGCGUAUGUAUGAAUAUGUGUACGAGGCAUCUAUGUAUUCUUGCAUAAGUAUGUAAGUAUAUGUAAGGGAGAUAGAGAGCUACAUCGUAUAUUGUGAACAGCCAUUGGUUCACAGUGAACGAUGGAAAAGUAUACAAAAAAAAAACUAAAAGACUAAAAAGGAAAUCAAGAAAAUACGAGUGUCCCUUUUGUGCUUCUUUCCGCCCUUUCACUCACACACACAAACAUACACACACACACACACACAGACACUAACACUAACACGCAAGAGAAAUUUGCAUUAUUCAGUUUAGAGUUUUGAGUUUAUAUAACUUACAUACGACAUGUACUUCGAACCAGUUUCAAGAAAAACAACAACUAGCAAAAAUUAGCAAAAUUUAAAAUUACCAAUUUACGAGCAUUUUAAAAUUAAUUUAUGAAUACGCAUUCAUUUAUGUAUGUAAAAGUGUUCAGAUGCACACACUAUGUAUAUAAAUAUGUAUUAAUAUUGAUUUAUCCAUUACGAUUUACGAUUUCGGAGCUGAAUUACUAAUACAAAUCAUCAAAUUAUACUUUUCAUACGUAAAUAUGUACGACAUGAGUAUGAAUGAAUACAUAUUGAACGGAAGCGGAUGGAGGAUUAAAUGUGCAAGGAUUUUGCUUAGAACCAUUUAAAAUGUAUUAACCAUUUCGGCUUACAUUACGAAAUCCAAAUUCAUAAUCUUUUUGGACAAACUGAAAUGCAUCGUUUCGGAUUGAUUGAUGCACAAAUGUCAAAUUGCAACAUUCAGAGUCAAAAGUAAACUAACGAAAUUGAUUUGUGUUAAUUUUAGCAGAGUCAAAAAAAAAAAAAACAAUCUUUGAGUUAUGCAACAAUAGACCGGAAUUAUUUCCAAGAAAUAGUACAAACAAUUUUAGAAAUAACUUUAAUAAUGUAAUUAUAAAAUAAGCGGCAAAUAUAUAGCGCUCUGAAACAAAAUGCUACAAUACCAAAGUUGAAAUUGUGAAUUACUGAACACUUAAAUACGAAAUACAUUUUCGAUAAUAAAAGAAGCAGAUUUAGAGCGCUGCUGAGACAUGUAAUAAAACGAAAAAAAAACAAAAAUGCAUAUACGAUUUUAAUUUAAUUUCAAUUUAAACACACAAUAAGUUGUACGAGUAUGUAUUAUAUAUUGAUUACUAAGCAAAAUUGAAAGCCAACAAAACAACAGAGCCUGGCACUAAUCAUAUUUUCGAAAUUCCAACUUGACAUAACUUGAGAUGAACAAAGUUUGUACUUAUUUUAGAAUUCACGAACUAAUGAACAUUUACAUUUAAUUAACAUACAUAAAUUAACAUUCAAUACUACGUGGAAAGGAACACAGCAGCAGUGAGAGAGAUCAGUAAACAAAAAUGUCAUACAAUUUAAAUUAUAAGUAAAUGUAAUAACAAUAGACGAGCAUAAACCUUUAUGAGACAGCUCCCCAACCCUCUGUCCACUGCCCCUUUUCACCCCCUUCCCCCCUAAAGAGCAGAAAUACACACAUUACUAUGUAUUUACCACAAUAAACAUAUUAACAUACAUACUCGUAUAUGAAUGUAAUACGCAAAAUAAAUCAUACACAAGUCGAAAGUUUCACAAUCCACGAUGAUUGCAUAUAACGCAUGAUAUACUAACUUUAUAUGGAUCAAAAAUCAUUUCAAAAUUUGUAAACCAACCAACAUACUAAAGUAUGUAUUCACAGCGAAAAUGACAUACAUACUUACAGAUUCAUACAUAAGUAUAUUGGUACGUUUCGUUUCCGGUAUCGGUUCCGUUUUAUGAUUACGUACAUACUUUGGUUUGGUGUACAUUUUGGAAUCUUCGAAAAAGUUGGUUUAAACCGCAUAGAAGCAAAAAACUGAAAACAAUGCAGACUCGAAUAAAAUUCAAUUUUAACAAAAUUCGAAAUAUUUGAUUUGUAUUUCGAAACAGCAUUAAGAAAAACAUCACACCAUAGAACGUAACGCAGCAUUAAAAAAAAAACACACACAUAAAAAAGCCAAAAAAAAAAAUGUAAGAGAAAAAUUAAAUAUUUGGGAUAUAAGCAAAUAUGAUUACAUAAA